CCCCAUUUCAUAGGUACUGGUAUUUACCAUUUACAGCUCAGCGUUUACUACAAAACCAACCGGAAACAUCCUCCGAUUUUGCAAUCGAACAUCAAAGGGAUUUUGGGAGGAAACUUGCGUAAUUCUUGAUCUACAUGUAAAGAGCUGGAAAAUGGGGGUCACACAUCGCCGUACACUGAGCCUCUCACCACCACCGCUAAGCACACUACGCGGGCGCCUCUUCGUAACAUGUUCACUUGUCCUCUUGACAUGUGUCGCCUUCUUCUUCACCCCAAAAUCAACAAUAACAAGGAUACGAAACCACAUCCCAGGCAGCUAUCCCUACGUCAAGCCAUCGACGCCCGACAUCCGUCCCCCCGUACCAGAUGAACCGGCGGCAACCCCGCCGCCCCCCAAGCUCAUCGUCAAAGCUCAACUCAAAGGAGAAGACCUCAACUGGCUCCUCAAACUGCGCCCGGAGUGGCGCAACCAAGUCAUCACCAUCGACGCCUCGUUCGCACACCUGCACGCUGGCGCCCAACGCGUCGACAAAGGCCGCAUCGCCGACGCGUACCUGCGCUGGCUUAUCACUAACUAUGACUACCUCUCCGAGGUCAUCGUGUUCGUGCCGCCCGGCCUGCAGGACCAGGAGGCCGACAAGGAGGCCUGGCGCAUCCCGAACAAGGAGCCUGUGCAGAGCAUUGAGAGUCUGGACGUGGCGCAUGUGAAGAAAGCUGGGUAUGCGCCGCUACGGUGUCCGAGCAAGGUCGAGUGCGAGGAUCCUGUUUUGCCCAGCCGCGACCCGCCGGAUCAGUUCAGAACGAUGGAGACGAACAUGGGGAAGGCGUGGAUGCAGAUCUUCAACGCGACAGGGGUUCCAGAGAAGAUUGGGGGGGCGAGCGGGAAUUCAUUUGUGGUGUCUAGGGACAAGAUUCGCCAGCGCAGCGUGGAGGAGUACACGCGGUACUGGUCAUGGCUGGCGAGCACGAAGAUCGACGACGACAGCGCAGGAGAAGUCUUCGAGAAGAUCUGGCACGUCAUCUUCGGGCAAGAGAGCGCAUGGUGCCCCACCGAAGCCCAGUGCCGCUGCGACGUCUUCGGGAAAUGCUAGAACAGAACCAAAAAUCUAAGCGCAAAUACGUGAGUCCAUUACUACGAUACCACCCCCUAAUCAAACCUCCUCCAAUACCUCCCCCGGGCCGCAUCCCCACACCCACACCCGCCACACCUCUCCC